GCAACAUGUUUGCAGAGAAAAUCGAUGAAUUGCGCUCUUUUAUCAUCGCACAAACAAAUCACCGAUGUGUUCCACACUGGAAUUGGCUAUGUGMGAAGCUAGUUUCGCUARUAUCAAAAUAUCCUUCAGGAAUAACUAGAACUAUCAUUUUAGCCGAGGUUCAAAAUUCUUGGGCCACAGUCAACCAACUUCAGGGAUACAACGAAACUUUCAAGAAGAGAAAYGUSAAUUUAGACUUUGUAAUAGAGGGCAGACGRAUUGCAUACGAUUCGAUUAUAGAGGUGAAAGUGGACGCCAUUAAAAUUGUUCCUGGAACUCAUACRAAGAUCGCAGUUUUGAAGGACUUUGGGGGUAAUAACCUAGGUAAAAACACAAUAGAAAUGUAUUUACAUCAGAAYCUUUACGAAGUWGAGGGAGUUAUUUUAAAGAAUAAGUUYAGGUUUACUGGAUGUCGUCUUUGGAAAAGUGGAAAUUCCCAGCAGCCUCGUCUGCUUCCUUCUGUAAAUGUUGUUAUUUUGCUGGAGAGCAGUGAAAGUUCUUGGGUGGAUGYGGAAUUCAAAUCCUUACAGGAAAUCUCCCYAGAGGCCACUCAACCUCAUUAUGACGUAAGUGUCAAAGURGAAGUUGUAGAUGUUGGAGAGGAAGAAAUUGUACACCUUGCAAAUGGAGAAACCAGCGUCAAYAGAACUGUCAUASUGGUUGARUGUAAUGACAUUCAUACAACUCUUUCUCUCUGGGAUGAUCAGCUGCCUAUGGGUGAUUUGUUCAAAAAAGGAGACAUURUAGCUAUAUGGCAGCCUUUUGUCAUACCAUGCCCAAAAGAAGGCUAUACUCUUGAWUACGGACCAGCAACUAUUGUGUAUUGCCUGGUAAGCGACCUUGGACAUGAGGUUAUACUUASCCAGAUAUCUCAAAACAACCCAGUGUKUGUUGCUAAAGACAGCCARGGUGUGCUUGACUAUUCAAUGUAUCCAGAGAGAAUUUACAUUGCAGACUUCAGAAGCACCAUGAUGAAUGUAACAGUAAUGGCACAAAUCUUAAAAUUGGAACCUAAAGAGAAUUUCAAUUUAGAUCAGUACAAUGGACACAUGUUUGGCGUUACCAUUACUGACGGUACACAAACAAUUGAUAUCAAAAUCUAUGACCAUCUUCAAUGRCAUCAUGAGUCAUUGUAUCCAGGACAGUGUGUGGUCUUUGAAAAUCUGUAUUGUACAGAGCAAUCUAAUGAACUCUGCCUCAAGACUUGGUCAUCUGGUAAGAUUUGGAAUGUGAGUUCAUCAUCUGGYUGGCUAUCUACAAAAUACCUAGUAACGACCAUCGUCAGUCUAGACAAUAUCAGCAAGUAUAACAAUAGUAUCACUAAAGGUGUGAUUACAAGGGUCCUGGGUCAUGACAACCAGUACAUAAAGAAGGUUCACAAGUCAUGUUUAGGGAACAUUGAUGACAAUGUUGGCCAUUGCAUGACGUGCUUUAUUGGUCCAUCCCAUGAAUUCCAAAAGAGACAAGAUGGGCAGCUCCAAUCCCAGAGCAAGUAUUGGAAAUGGUCAUACAGUGUACAAAUAGAAGUCCAUGACUCUAAUUCCUCAGCAAGACUUCAAUUAACCGAGCAAAGUUCACAGCAGUUGUUUCAGAUGCCAGUGUUACAAUUUGCUUCACUGCCCUCAACUGGGAAGGAUAAAAUCCUUGAAAGUGUGUUAGCUCAGGAGUAUCUGUUUGGUGUAUCAUCUCUUGAAGGCACGACAUUCCAAGUAGAUUCCAUUUGUCCAUCGAUCUGAAUUUUAAAAGUGGUAACUUUAA